AUGUCUGGAAAGCGCGGUCGAGGUUCUACCUCCGGUAACAAGCUCAAGAUGACUCUUGGUCUGCCAGUCGGCGCCGUCAUGAACUGCUGCGACAACUCCGGUGCCCGCAACCUGUACAUCAUCUCCGUCAAGGGUAUCGGUGCGCGUCUCAACCGCCUGCCCGCUGGUGGUGCCGGUGACAUGGUCAUGGCGACCGUCAAGAAGGGAAAGCCCGAGCUGAGGAAGAAGGUCAUGCCCGCCGUCAUUGUCCGCCAGAGCAAGCCAUGGAGGCGAGCAGACGGUAUCUACCUGUACUUCGAGGACAACGCCGGUGUCAUUGUCAACCCCAAGGGUGAAAUGAAGGGCUCCGCCAUCACUGGACCCGUCGCAAAGGAGGCCGCUGAGCUGUGGCCGCGUAUCGCCUCCAACUCCGGUGUCGUCAUGUGA